UCGGCCGUGCUGAGGCCGGCGAGAGAGGGCAUCGUGGUGUCGACGGGGCGUUGUGGAGGAGCGUGAAGAGAAGAGGGCCUGUGGGCCCCGAGGACUGGUUUAGGGCCGCGGUUACACUUGUCUGUGCUCUCAUCUCCUAACUCCGAAACCGGCCUAUGGCCUUCCGACCACUAACCCCUGCUGGCACUUCUGAAGCGCUGCUGUGCGUGGGACAGGACGGGGCCUGUGAUGUCGGAUCAGGUCCCUCUGGUCCUCUCUGGUGGCUAAAGGUGCUCGCAGUUGAGCAGAGAAAGCCUCUGACGUGCUCUAGUGUCAAAGUUAACAGGUCGGGAUUGCAUAGCUCGUUCCAGAGGUUGCAACGAACCUCUGGAAGGAGGUAACUUUACUUUAGAAGCGGUUAUAACCUAUUUCAAUACUGAGUGGAAAUAUAUUCUAUGUUGAGAGAUGAGCCUACAAAGUCACUGCAGGUACAAGUAAUCUGAAGGGGUUUGGGGGUUUUUUUUGCAUUGUAAGGAGAUCCACAGCCUUCAGACUCCUAAGUCGUGGACUGCAGGUUCAUUUUGCCUUAUCUGAUUUAAUAUUUUAAUGAAAAUAGGGCUUUCAGAUAGUUUGUUUUCUCCCAGUUGUUACUUAUGCAAUUAACAUUUAAUAGUACCUAUUAACGGGGAAAGACUAAUUCAGGAACUUGACAACAGCUUUCUCUAAUCAUGCCUUUUCACUAUGGUCACUGAGUAAUUGUGUGUCAUUGGGAGCCAUGUGUGUUACUAAAAAAAGAGUAAAAUACUACAUCAACAGUGUUAGCCCAGUCAAAUCAAUGCUUUUCAUGACUUUGUGCUAAAUUAAGUAUCUCAGCUUGUAGAGAUACACACAUUUUAGGGUAUUUGGGAGGCAUUGCAACCACUUAAGCUUCACUUCUUUGGUUUAUGAUGAUCCUUAAAAUCUUACAGGCUUCAGCUGCCAUCUGAGCUUCCAUCUCCAGGUCUUUGUUUCCUUUCCGUUAAAUUCCUUGUUCUGUUUGCAGCUUCAUAUGACUUUGGCUUUGAUUUUUGAAACCUAAUUAAAAUAGUACCAGAUAAAGUAUAAGAAAAUAUGUAUUCUAUUUCAGUUUUCCUCUGUAGUUCUUUCUAUCUGUUGCCUGAUCAGUCCAUAUAUAUGGUCUGUAGAGCUGUUUCCUAUUCUAUGUGCAGGAGUCUGGCAUGGUGAGACGUUACCUUAAUUGGUUUUUAGAUGCUGCCAUGGAUAUCUCAAAUAAAUAAUACAAAUGUGUAUCCAAUGCCAACCAGUGGCUAGAAAAUUGUGGGUGCUUCAGUGCUCACUCUUUGAAGAGAGAUUUGAAUUCUUAAUCGUUCUUUUUAAGCUAUAGUGAGUGUUUCAGUGUUCUGAUGGAAAGAUACAUUCUAUUGACAUGGUAUCUUAGCAGAGAAAUGUGUGCCAGUACUUCUAUUUAUCUUACUGGGUGAAAACGACUUGGAAGCUGCUUUGCAGUAACCGUGAAUAAUCAGUGAAGACAUGCAGUGUUUCCUGGGAUAUUUAAUGUUCUCAAAAUGAAGAUCUCUCUUCUGCAGCAGGUGUAUAAGGACAUACUGGUAGGAAUUCCACUAUCACAAGAAAGCCAUCAUUACACCUCUUUACUUGAUCUGUGUGUUGAGCAGCCACCAGAAAGAGAUGAAUCAUAUAAUUGGAUGCAUCUGGCAUCUACUAAUGGUGGUAUUAGGAGCCAUCAGGACACUGAUAUGUCAGAUGUGGUUGCCCCUACAACAGACGAUAUAUCAAACAGCUUUGCAAACAUGAACUCAUUCUGUUGUCGAGAAGUGACGCUGCUUCAGCUCACCUUGCUCAAGAUGAUGGUUGCUAAAUCCGAGUCCCAGGAAACUGAAUUCAGUAUGAGACAGAAGUACUGUGAAAUCGUUGUCCUUCUUCUGAAGGGGGCAAAAGUUGACUCUAAAUUGGUUUUUCUGCUAGGUAGUCACGAUCAGCUGUUGUCUCACAUGGCUUCAAAGUGUUUAGCAUCUCUUGUAUAUUUCCAGCUGAAGAAAGAGAACACAUUAAAUGUCACCUGGCUCGCCUUCACCUUGGAGACUCUUUCAGGAUUCCCUGUGAAUACCCAGGUAGCAGAAUGUCUGUGGACUCUUGCAGCUACUAUCAACAACGUGCUGAAAGAUGAGGUUUUACUUGAAGCAGGUGUUUUGAAGAAGCUGUUGGCUCCUCUUGAUGCUGUGCUUGAAGGAUUUUAUAACUCCAUUCUCUUCCAUCAUUUUGACAGUCACCAAUAUACUUCUCCGUAUUCUGAAGCUGCAAACAGUUUGAUCAGUUUUACAGAUCUGCUUGAAGCACUUUUGGCUUCCAGAAAUGAAUUAGAACUGCUCAGAUGCCAGAGAGUAUUGUUUUUGAAUGUUUCUUAUGUCCUGAAUCUCAUUAGCUCAUCAAUUCACUAUUUAAUCAAGAAGAAGUUCAUUAUGCUUCUUAAAAAAUGCGUCCUUUAUAAGUCUAGAGAAGAUGCAAUAAGUGGAUCACUGUUCUCACAAACUCCAUUGCUAGAUGAGGAUAUGCUUGCACUGAGUAAUGCUGUUCUGCAGGUUGUGGAUUCAACUUGGCUUAAUGGAAUUCCACUGAGGAAAAAGGCCAGCUAUUUUGGAAGCAGUGAUCCUGCUCCUGGAGAUGAUCCUGAGGGUGGUUCUGACCAAACUGUUCUCAGAACCUUAAGUUUGGUUGUGCUUAAAGCAGUGGAAUUCAAGUUUCGAAACUCUACUACAGAAGAUGAAGUUAAAGAAGACUUUCAUCAUUCCAUGUCCCAGCUGUUGAUGUUCUGGAGGAGUCAUCUGAAGUCUUCCCCACAGUCUCACCCAGUUGUACAUCAGUGUGAAUGGCUCUCCUUGAUUUUUAUGGAGCAAGAUGAUGAUAUGUGGGAAGCUGCUAAGGCUUUAUUACUCAUUUAUUUAAAAUUUGAUAGGUUACAGCAUGCUGUUGCUGAUGAAGAGGAGGGAGCCUGGAAAUUCCUUACCCAUGCAAGUGGAUUCAAUCCUCACUGCAUCUUCUUAUUUUUUCUAGAAAAAAUUGCAUUUGAUUCCACAGUACUUUUAGAUUUUUUAAUUUCAUCAGAAACUUGCUUUCUGGAGUACUUGGUAAGGUACUUAAAGCUUCUUAAAGAAGACUGGCAUCAGUUUGUAGAGGCCUGUAACCAUUUUGAUACCAAACAUCGCACUUUUCAAUCAGUCUCUUCUUCUGUCAAGAUACCUCCUGAAGAAAAACAAAGCUAUGUGGCUGAUGAGAGUUUGCAAAAUGCUUGUUGUGAACCAGAACCACAAACUCUGAGAUCUUUGGCUGCUUCUCACAGUUGCUUACCGUUUACAACAGAGCAAGGUGUUAAUGAAGCUGCAGAGUCUAACCAGUCUAACUCAUUGAUAUACAGUGAUAGUACAUCUUUGCUGGGUUCUCUUCAAAGCCUUGUUAAUUAUGACAGCUCAGAAGAUUCAGAAUUAGAAUCAGAUGGGAAAGAGUGUUUGGUAAACACAAAGCAGGUGCCUUCAAAUAAUGAGGACGAGAGGGGGAUGAGUGAAACUGGUUGCAACUAUACAGGUGAUAAACAGAAUACAUUCAAGUCUGAAGUGUUGCCUUUGAAACAAAAGGAGACUAAUACCUCAUCUUGUUUGACUGUAUUAUCUCCAGGUAAUAUCAUUCCCCUGAGAAUAAUGCUUUACCAAUCAACAAAAUGUCUGGAAGAACUGCAGAAAGCUAUUUCUAGGCUGCAGAGAAGAAAUCUUUUCCCGUAUAAUCCAUCUGCAUUGUUAAAACUUUUGAGCCACGUUGAGAAGAUCAAUAAGAAUGGGAAUUCACAAUGAGCCAAAGAAGUGUUGUAAUGAGUUUUUUAACUUGUACACUAGGGAACAUUUCUAUGAAGUGAAUGACUUCUAAAGCCUUGUAUCUCUUGCACUCGUUGGUGCAUUUAACCUGAAACAGGAUAACAGGAUAAACAUGCAUUUGGUUGACACCUUAAAAAUCUGCAAGUGCAGUCAGUGAUGUGAUCCAUGACCCCAGGGUUCUAUGCUUAUUCAUGGUAUGUAUGUGAGGGUAUAAUAUAUAAGGAUUAUCUGUUAGGUACUUGAAAUUUGAUAAUAAAUGACUAAUGUGAAAGCAUAUCAACAAUAUGUGAUACUUAAAGUAUUAUGAAUUAUACUUAACAUAUGAAGUCCUUGCCAGAUUGAUAGUGAUUUAUGGACUACAGUGCAGUGAUAUUACAGCACCUGACUGCUUAGGGGUUGUGCUAAAUAAAUUGUUUUAGCUGGGGA